GUCACCAGGGGGUGGGGAGAUGGUGACAGCUCCAGGAAGCCGCCGCGGGCGUCCGGAGGCUCUGCGGGGCAGCAGCGGGCUGGGUGGCAGCUCCCGAGCGGCUCCUGCGCCCCGCCGGCCGGCAUGGACUCCCCGCAGCGCCCGCCGCUCGCCCAUGUCUUCAAGGGGACCUUCGUGCACUCCAGCCGCUCCGCGCCCAUGGAGAUCCUCCACGGACACCUGCUGGGGGUGGACGACAGCGGCACGAUUGUGUUUUUGGAACAAACUGAUCAGCAAGAGCAACUUGCUAAGAAGUGGGGAUUCAAAACAUCUGACAUAAGAGAACUGAGUAACCAUGAAUUCUUCAUGCCAGGAAUGGUUGACACACACAUUCAUGCCCCUCAGUAUUCAUUUACUGGUACGAGAGUAGAUCUACCUCUUUUGCAGUGGUUGACUACCUACACAUUUCCAACAGAAGCCAAAUACAAAGACAGUGAUUUUGCAGAGGAGGUGUACACCAGAGUUGUUAGACGAACUCUAAAGAAUGGCACGACUACCGCUUGCUACUUUGCAACAAUUUACACAGAUACUUCUCUUCUUCUUGCUGAAAUUAUAGAUAAAUUUGGUCAACGAGCAUUUGUUGGAAAAGUCUGCAUGGAUAUGAAUGACAGUGUGCCGCAAUACAAGGAGACUACUGGUCACUCUGUCCAAGAGACAGAAAGAUUUGUUAAAGAACUACUGGAAAAGAAAUAUCCAAGGGUACAGCCUGUAAUAACCCCUCGCUUUGGCCCUUCCUGCACAGAGGAUUUGCUGUGUGCGCUUGGUGAUUUGGCACAGGCUCGUGACCUCCAUGUGCAGAGUCACAUAAGUGAGAAUGAAGAAGAGCUCAAACUUGUGGAGAAUAUGUUUCCUGCCUACCAGAAUUACACUGAACUGUAUGAUAAAAAUAAGCUGCUUACCAGUAAGACAGUGAUGGCUCAUGCUUGUUACCUUUCUGAAGAAGAGCUGAAACUUUUUAGUCUUCGUGGAGCUGCGAUAUCACAUUGCCCCAAUUCUAAUUUCUCGUUGCGCAGUGGUGUUUUAAAUGUGCAAAAUGUCCUGAAAAACAAUGUGAAGGUCGGUCUUGGCACAGAUGUUGCUGGUGGAUAUUCGGCUUCUAUGCUUGAUGCUAUCAGGAAAACAAUGAUGGCGUCUAAUAGCCUUCAGAUCAAUAAAGUGAAUGAAACAGGACUAACGCUUGGAGAAGCUUUUCAACUAGCCACUCUAGGAGGAAGCCAAGCUCUAGGUCUGGAUGACGUGAUUGGAAACUUUGAGGUCGGCAAAGAAUUUGAUGCACUGCUAAUCAACACAAAGGCUUCAGACAGCCCUUUUGAUUUGUUCUCUGCUGAUAAUUUUGAGGACACUCUCCAGAAGUUUCUCUAUCUAGGAGGAGUCACCAUUGUUGUGUUUUUAUGGCUUGUGAAACACCAAGCAGAUGUGCCAAAUGAGACCGGUGCAAUCUUGCAGCACAUACCAGCCAGCACUGAGCAAUACUUCCUACCCCAGAGAAGAGGCUGCAUAUGUUGGGGGCAUUUCCAGCACUGUUAUAAGAAGAUUCACAAACGCCAAUGGAUAAUUGAGGGAAAAGAGAAGAGUUUGAACUGUCUGCAAGAAAAUACUGUUACAGAAAGAGUGGCUGAAUUUUUUUUAAGCCUAAACAUAUAAAGAAAUGAACUGUUACUAUCCUCCUCUCUGGCCUCUCCAAGCCCUGAGAGAUGGGUUGCUAAGGCAUCCCAUGAAGCUGUGCGUUCAGCGUGAACCCAUUUGCGAGGCUGGAAGUCUCAGUGAAAGCCGGGAUAUGCACAGAGUGUGUUGGAGUGACUAGGGCUAGAGUUGUUCCAGGCACGGUAGAUGAGCAGCAUGACUUCACACACAUGCCAAGCAGUCACCAUCUUGGCUUAUUAUUAUUCCCUUGAGUGUGAUGCUGUGCUCCUCUCUGCACUAACAGUUUUGGAGGUUGCUUGGACGCCUCAGCAUCCAACCAGCCUACAUAAGCAGCCCGAACUCUCAUCGGAGGCCUGUCAGACAACAGGGAGCUGAGCACAGUUUCCUGUACUUCCAGGUUGAUGGCCCCAAUGGCUUCUGCACCUCAAUGCCAUUUCAGGCAUCCUCACCUCAACACUAUCUCAAACUGUCAAGAAUAAGAUAAAAUUGAAAUUGCUAUAUUUGCACCUCUUGUAAUACAAAAGCCAUCUCAAAGCGGUUCAUGUGCACAGACAUCUAUUAGCUGCACCUGUGCCUGGUUCGGAUGCUGUUGCUUCCCUGUAGUAGCUGCCAUAUCUGGCUGUAGGUGCUGAUGUGGGAUUGAAGCAAAGUGAGGCAGUGUGAGGUAGGACAAAGCAUGAGCAACCUUCAUAAACCCCUGUGCUUCAGUUUUUUUCUCUCUAUAAAAAAUGGUUAGUAAUACUACCCCUGCUUUGUAAAGCUGUUUCUGGAAUUGCAGAGCAAAAGGAAAGGGAAGAAAAUAAGAGGAGAAAGAAAGCAAUAACAAAAGAAAUACUGAAAUGAAAGUGGGAGAGGAAAAAAAUGGAAGAAAAAAGCCUUUUCCUCCUGCUUUUGCCUACUAUAUUACCAAGGCUAUGUCUUACAGAGGUGUUUUGGAUCAGCGGCCCAGGGCCAGAGUUGGCACAGAGUAAGUAUGCUGUGAGUAGAGGGUGAUACCUGCCUAUGCUGCUUUCCUCCAAUCCGUUGCGCAGCUCCUCUGCCCCUUAUUCUGGUGGAGCCUCAAAGCUGUGCUGCCAGGGCAUGUGCAGUGUUCCUAUCACCCUCACAGUAUUGUGCCAUUACCUUUCAUGACUAUUCAUAAAGGCUUGUGAUGAUAGGAUGAGGGGGAACAGGUAUAAACUGGAGAGGGGCAGAUUUAGACUAAGCGUUAGGAAGAAUUUCUUCACGAUGAGAGUUGUGAGACACUGCACUGGUUGCCCAGGGAAGCUGUGGCUGCCCCAUCCCUGGAGGUGUUCAAGGCCAGGUUGGAUGGGGCUUUGGUCAGCCUGAUCUAGUGGGAGGUGUCCCUGCCCAUGGCAGGGGAGUUGGGACUAGGUGAUCUUUAAAGUCUCUUCCAACCCUAACUAUCCUAUGAUUCUAUGAGCAUUUCCACACCUUUGAAGUACAGUGUAUAACCUAGAGCAGCAAUGGCUUGCAAGCAACAUGCAGUCACUGCCCUACAUGCUUUCUGCCUUUUCACCUGACUCUGGUGACAUAUAAAUCUUCCAUUAAACAGUCUGACCCAUACACAUAGUUGGAGUAAUAGCUGAAAUCCAGGGUAAGGGUAUGACAGUCUUAGGUGCUACACUGUCUGACAGUUGAAGGUCGUCUUUGAACAGUUCUCCAGCCUUCUUGCAGAGUUGAGAUCUGAGCUGGAGAAGAGGAUGCAGCCUGCUCAAAGGAACGCUCAGUUCUUUGGUGUUUACGCCAUGAAAAUUGAGUUUAGAUUAAAACCACUGUUACAACAACAACAACAAAACCCCCCAAUAACGCAGGCCCUUUAGGAUCCCUGGAGUUACCUGAUGGGUAUUGUCCAAAGACCAGAUGCUACAGAGGCUCCAAUAUUGAAAGUUACAGCCUGUGAAAACACAAAACCUGGUGAACCCGUGAGUGUAUGGGUCACCACCAUUGUCAUACAUGUGUGGCUGCAGCAUGUGCCAGAAUUUGUGGCAGAGCAACCCUAAAGGACAUAUAGCAGUUGUGCCCUGCAUGCUUGUCCUUGGAGCUGCCCCUCUUCAUGAUGUUUUCUAGGUCUUUCCUGCAAAAAUUUGAUUUACUUAAAAGUGCCUGUAAUUGGUUUGGUAAACUUUUCCCACCCAGAGAUAUGCUGUUGGGUAAGAAGAAAGCAGAUGCAGUUUUAAAUUGAUAAAGAAACACACAGUAAGAGCUGAGGGAUUGAAGAAGGAAUAGUAAAGCCCAUUUCUAACUUUCUGCCUCCUCCUGUUACCUGUACACAAUCAUAAGUGUAGUCCACCUUUAAUGUAGCUUCAGGGAAUCCUAUUCUAGAUUAUUUUUUUCCCUUGAAAGACUGCUUAAUGAUAGCCUGCAAUCUCAAGGAAGUCCUUUACAGGGUCACAGCAGCACCAAGCCUAUAGUGGUAAGUCUCUCUCAAAUUAGUUGCUUUCAGAGAAGUUAAUGAUGCAGUGAAUUUCUAACAGGAAAAUUGAGAGUGAACUUUGAUGCAAGCUGUUACAUGUGUGUAAAUAUGACCAGGUAGAAAAUCUCCUUUGAAGAGGUAUCCCUAGUGGACUGCCCCCUGCCCAACCUCUAGUCCUGCAUGCUGGUAGCCCUCCUGCCUCAUCUGCUUCUCCAAGGCUGGCAGGAGAAACUCAGAUGGACCUGUCGCUGCCCAGGUAACAAUACUGUGCCCUCUGUAAGGAAUGGACUGCUCUCUCCUUCUGUAAGGGGGAAGCUCAAGGAAGAAAACCAAACUCAGUACAAACACUAGCUUUCUUCAUAAAAGGAAAAAGUCAGACAGCUUUACUGGUCCUUUUAUUCAGUGCAUCUGUGGUCUUCAAAAAAGGCUAUUUCUGUAACAUUGUUCUGGUAUUUUUGGUCCCUUUUAGCCUUAUACAAGAAGGAUAAAGUCAAACAGGAAGAAUGCAUUACAAGGGAAUUUAUUUUAUAUAUACUUUUAGGAACAUUUUUAAUCCUCACAGAAUCAAUUAAGUUGGAAAAGACCUUUAAGAUCAUUUGCAAUUGAGCACAGAGCAUCUGUUGUUAAUGCUGGAAGGAGUGGCUUUUUUUUUUUUCUAGCUGGGACGUUAAACUGUAAUGAGAGAUGCAAUUAUUCAGGCAUAACUGACUGCGCUGAGAAACACACUAUUGCUACAGUAAAGAACAGUGAGACAUAUUUCUCUGGUGGAAAAGAAGUCUUUUGACAAUAGUGUUGUUUCAAAUAUUUUAUCAGUUUCAGUGGAAUUUAACUAUCACCUUGGAUAGAAAAACCUUCUUCACUAGGAAUUUUCUCAGCUGGUAAAAUGUAUCCAGCAUGGGCUUUAAGUAAAAGAGUUCAUAUCUCUGAACAAUUCAGUGAGACAAGUGCUCACCUGAGAGAUCACAGAAGCAGUGUUUUUUGUAUCCCUAUGUCAGUCUGGAAUAAUUUUUCUGGGAUGAUGAAAAAGAGCUGCUCCGAUCAUUAGUUCGCGAAUUACCACUUCUAGGGUAUACACAAAAUGCAGCUUAGCCUGUUAGCACCAUAAAGUUGUUGCAAGCUAAUGUUUGUUCUGUGACCUCUCUGAUAAUUAAAAUGCAAAUGAACAAAAAGAAAAAAAAUAUAUGAAAAAGAAAAGAAGAAAGAAAAUAAAAUUUCACCCAUUGCAAAUAGAACAGAUUGUCUCUUGGCAAAUGUGAUCUGUAAGUCCUCCUGGGAGUAUUAGGCUGUUGUGGGACUAGGCACCGAGGUGGCUUGAGCAACUCUUGCUUCUACACAAUAUGUCUUCUGUGAAUCCACAGAGGACUUCAGCCAUUCUACUAAUAACUCUGGCCCCUCCAUCUUCAUACUAAAGAAAUCUCACCCCCUUCUCAUUUAUUGAAAAUAAUGAAAUUGGAGAAAAACUACAGCAAAGCGGAGUGGGGUCAGGAACCCCAGAGCUAUUGACAGUGUUAUGUUCUUCAUGUGGAGAAAGGAAGGGUAUGUCCUUAAUGGCACACCGUCCACUGCUUGGCACACCUAUCCUUCUGCAGAGAUAACCGUACUCUUCCUUCCUAUGUAAGGAUGUAACAGGGACUGAGUCAGAUCAGACCAAUGGUUUAUCUAGUACAACUGUCCUAUUUCUAGUAGGACUGAUAAACGUGGACCCGCAGUAGGAUAGCAAGACACAGCAGGAACCUUCCCCUCUAGACCCCACCCUGCUUUCAACCAACACACCAAAGAUAUUUAAAACCGACUUGGCAGUGAGGGUGUGUUUGGUUUAGCUCCUUAGUUUGUCUAAUCCCUUUCUGAAACUUGCACAUUUUUGCUUGAUAUCACAUCCAGUGACUGUGGGUUGUAGCUGUUUUUUAUGUGUUGGAUAGUACAAUCAUUUCUUGUGUUUGUUUCAGACUGAGUGCCUUGACACAUUCCUGCUUCCUGGACUGCAUGUUGUAGUGAAUCAUGCACUGUCACCUUUUCCAUUAGCGUCACUGUCCUUCAAACUGGUUUCAAUGAAAAGCUGGAAUGUUUCGUGCUUCUUAUCAUCUUGACUUGGAUUUGUCAAAAGGCUUUUUUUUCAUGUAUUUAUUUUGCUAUUUGUUUCAACAAAGAAAGCUUAGGGAUGGACAAGCAAAUUACACAUGAAGUGGACGGGGUUGGUUUCACAGAAAGCAUAGAGUAACAGCUACUUCUACCUAUCUCCCAAGCAAAACAGAUCAUUUCAUAGACCUGGAAGCAGUGGAAUAUUUUGUACCUAUUGUGCAAGGGGAACAACAGCUUGAGAUGUACCUGUCAUCACGGAAAUGCCUGGUAUCCCUGUGCCAAGGCCGAUGGAUAUGUUGAGCUGGGCCUUGCUGAAGGACGGCAUCACAUUCAGGGUUGGCCAGACUUUAGACAAAAUAUUGUACGCUAACAUCAUUGUCUUCAUCCAACUCUGAUUAACAGUAUCAAGUGUCCAUGUUUUCUUCCUCCCUGUACAAACGUGUGGGAUGAUAAGUGCUAUGAAGAAGAGAGCAGUAGCUGUAUGCCAGAGCAUAGAAAGAGAGGAGAGAAACAAGGGGAGAUUUCCUUUCUCUGCACUGGUCCUCCAAGUACAAGAAAUUGUCCUCCGAAGUACAAUGAAGUAAGCAUUCAGAUAUCAUGGUGACAAACGUGGAACAGGUGGACGAAAUACACGCUCUUGGUAUGUAGCAAGGGUGUUUGUAAUUUGUUAUCUAAACUGAAGAUUAUCACGCAACCCCAACAUUCUCAUAGAAACAAAGACCAUCAAAAUUUCCCCUGGCUUUCCCUUGUGGAAGAAGGUUACAAAAUGGAAGUCCUAGACAUUACCAAGAACCACUUUGUAAUAAUACUUCAGUGCUUUAAAAAGACUUAUCCAUCCUUUCACACCAAAGGGAAAGAAAAUCAGCAUGGAGCUGUUGCUUCUCCUGUCUUUGUCAGAACCCAGGAAAAACUAGCUGGACUCUUCUUCUACUGCUUCCCUGCCAAGAGGAGGGAUAUAGUGAUGUUCAUCUCUCUUAGCGUUGCGAUUCAUCUGCUGGGCCUGUCCCUCUCUGGAGAAAAGAAAGACACUGCUGACUGGCUGCAAAAGUCUAAGCAACUUCCUCUGAUAUUCAGAGAAAGACUGCAUGUUAUUACUCCCCUCUGUGAUGCUCAUUCUCCCUUGGGGGAGUUAAACCUUUCUGCGCACACAAUUUUACCACAUACUUCCAAAGUAACAGCAUGGGAAAAUGCUUAUAAAGGGGCCUUUUGCCUGUUCAAUAGAGAACACUGCACCUUCCUUACUAAUAUUGCCUAAAUAAUUGCUUUGAGAGGUUCAGUUAUUUAGCCAGGCUUCUGAAGUGGUGAUUGUAUAUGUGAUGCUAGUGCUAAAUGCACUAAACUGUCCUUUACAUUUCCGGAGCUAGUGACUCGCUGCAUUCACUAAAUCUCUACAUAUUUUACCCCAAAAUAUGGGAGCUGAGCUAAUGAAUUUGAAAGAGAUAUUUAAUAAGCAGAUUCCUCCACUGCCCCCACAAAUGCAUGCUAAUAAUCAGACAAAUUAAGCAUGAGCAUGAUCUGUGUGGUGUCUCCCACUGGCAUAAAUAGCUCCUACUGCACUUUCCUCGCUCUAUUUACUGUGCAGAGAAAGAUCACCUUUAGGGAACCAUGGCCUUUUCAAUACUAAAAUUACAGUUGAACAUAACACUAGAGUUUCAAAUAUUUGUCAGUGGGCUUGGAAACUCCUAUUUAAGCAUUUUAUAGUAGCAUCAUAGAAAUAGAACAAAUGCUCUUACACACUGCUUCUUGUAUGUCAGACCACCUAAAUAUGACACAGAGUUCCUCAUUGUGAACCACUAUAAAAUUUUGAAAAAGAAAAAGUGUGCGUCUGGUCUCUGAAAAUCACAAGGCUUAGCUUCUCUACAGACAGCACUUGGACAACUGAAGUAGGAGACCAAGAGACAGGGAUUUUCAGAUCCAUUUCUCAUUUAGAACAGAGCCGUGCACCAAUGAGGUGUGUUUGAACUACAGACUUUGUAGAAAUACAAUGACCAGGUUUGGGAAAACACAAUUUCAUGCAAUCGUUUUGCCCCUACUCCAACUAAGUUAUAUUUGGUUAAGGAAAUAAACAGAAGACAGUAACUUAAAUGAUGCUAGAAAAACAUGCUGUGAAAAAAGGCAUAGUUAGUAGAAAAAAAGUGGAAGUUAUCCAGACUAUUUAGGACUUGCAGUCAAUAGUGACAUUCUUCUGUCAGCAUUUUUAAAAAUAGCCCUCUAUUUGUAGUGCAAACCAGCAUACUACUUCUAGUCAGAAGCUUGCUGUGCGUAUAUUAAUUUCCUUUCUCCAGUACUAGUAAGAUCUGCAAAGAUACAUUCUUGACAUAACCUUUUACCGUGAUUAAUUAAAAAAAUAAAACCCAAGCCCAAGCUUUUCAAAUUAUGUGAACUGCUUUAAGAAGAUCACAGAUAGGUUUUAUUCACACUGUUUAAGUGGUACAAGGAGGAGAAAGGGCAGGAAAGCAAAGAGGAAAGCAAAGGCAACCCGAAGCUGCUGUGAGAGUUAGUUAAGCAGUAAGGAUGUUUCUGAGGCCUGGUAGCAGAAGCGUAAGGAUAUUCUUCCAUUUUGCUGCUUUUAUUGUUUGGCAUGAGCGUGACACAGCUGCUUCCUGAGCUGAAAUGCCAGCAACUGAAGAUUUUUAAUAGCCCGAUUGAGGACAAAGUAUGGUGUUGAGUGGAUUUUAGCCUCUGUAGAAGUACACUGGAGUACACGGGUAUUUUGGGGCAGUGUUUGCUGUAAGGUAAAAAUAGAAAUGGUUACCUCUAGGCUUCAUCUGGUUUUGCGUGCCUGCUCAAUGUGAUGGAGAUGUGGCUUCUGUAGUACUUGCGCAGGUCCCAGCCAAAGGGCUGUUGCACCUCCCUGGUCUUCUCCCACUGGAGGAUGGGUUUGGUCUGCACUUGGGGUAUCCCCAGAUCACGGCAGCAUAACCUACCCACCCUCUCCGUGAUCUGUGGUAUUCUUUGAAAUGUGGCUUUUUAACUU